AUGCCUACUGGUGAAGCGUUCGACUUGUACAGCAACCCCAACGCCAUGGCUCCUACGAGCAGGAAGAAAGUGAGUAGGUGGCACCCUAGGGAAAGCAGUAGCGACCCUUCCAAGAAAAAGGCCCAGGCUGAUAAUCCUCCUGCACCAACACCAUCCAGAGACAUGACUCCUCCUCCAGCUCCCGUCGACCUAACUCCUCCAGCUCCUCGCAACCCAAUUCCUUCUGCUCAGUCAGGAAAGACUCAAGUCGAGGCUAUCAUGAACAUAGCUUACAACUCGGCCACCGACAGGCUGAAGAAACUGUCGAGACGUCAGCAUAGCCUAGAAGCCUUCAGCAACGCCUCUACCAUGAAGGGGGUUUUGACCAUGAGUACUAGUUUUCGUCACUCGGAGGAGAUGGUUGCCGAGCAUUUUGAAGAGAUUAAGACGGUCGAGGAAAGACUCACCGAACAGCUCAAGGUGGUCGAGGCCAAACAUGCUGAGCAGCUAAGAGCGGCUGACGAAAAAAUUGCUAAGUUGGGCGAGGAGCUGAAGCAGCACCAAGAGACUUUGGUCAAAGUUACUGAAGCCGAAGAAAAGUACAAGGAGGCUUCGGUGCUGAACUUCAAAGAGGCUUCCAAGCUCCAGGAUGACUUGGUGAUUAGCAGGAAGGAGACUACUGAGCAAGAAGAGCGUGUCAAACAGCUCAAGAAAACCAAUGCUCGCGACCUAGAAAGGUUCAAAGGAGCGGCGUUCAACUGCUUUUAUAUGUUAUGGAAAAGCAACCCCGAGGCGAAGUUUGAUUAUUUUCCAGAACAUAUGAAGCAGGCUAAGCUGGCCAAGUGCAUUACUCGCCUGGAGGAAGAGGAGAAAACUCAGGGAUCUCUUGAGAUCUCUUUGGCGACAGGUAUUGAAGGCAUCGAAGAGGAUGCUAAGACCACAGUCGACCAGCAACCCCAGCAAGAUCCUCCAGCUGCUCCUGCCACUCAAUAA